AUGACAAGGAAGAUCUUCACCAACACCAGGGAGCGAUGGAGGCAACAAAAUGUCAACAGUGCCUUUGCCAAGCUGAGGAAACUCAUUCCCACCCACCCACCCGACAAAAAACUGAGCAAGAACGAGACGCUCCGAUUAGCUAUGAGAUACAUCAACUUCCUCGUCACGGUCCUGAGAGAGCCAGGCCUGCAACAGACCACCAUGGCAGCACGGGGCAGCAUCCUGGGGUUCUUCCAGCAAGCCCCAUGCUUGCAAAGCAUGGAAGAGCUGACACUGAUCAAAAACUGUGAUGUCUCCUCUCCUGGCAUGAGCAGCAAUAUCGCAGAACGCUGGUCAGAGACCUCAUCUCCCUAG